AUGCGGAACUUGGAUACAGAAGCGCCACCAUCAACGACAACGUACGUAGUGGAUUACUGCAGUGGCUCCGAAGCGACGACUGCAUCACCAGAGUCGCCUCGGCCGGUCCGAUGCGUAGCCGGACCUGCAAGGCCAGAAGCCGUAUUCGAUGAUGAGGACGGGAAGUGUGCAGAGCAGGCAAAACUUUCCAGCACCGCUGCCGCUACGCUAAAGCCAAGCUCCGCGGCUCUGUUGAAGAACUCUUUACUCACUUACCAGCUGGUGGUUGAGAAGGCUCCUCACUACGACACGCCAUUGAGUUACAAGUGCGUGACGCCUGACCCAGCUUCACAGACAAGCGCGGCGACCUCCACCGGAUCAGCGUUUGAUGAGGAGAAGCAUUGCCUGAUGAAGAUAACUGUGAAGGGCCCAUCCGGGGAGGCGGCGUCUGAGACGACGAUGGGGAGUGUGUCUAGAGUUUUGACGUGA